UAAACCUCUAACCUCACUGUUUAAGCUCAUCCAUUUUCUUUAUGGCUUUAAUUCCAUCAGCAGCUUCUUCUUCUUCUUCUUCCUCUUCCAAGGGACGGAAAUACAAUGUUUUUCUCAGUUUUAGAGGGGAGGACACUCGCACAAAAUUUACAGACCAUCUAUAUGCUGGUUUGAUACAGAAAGGAAUAUCAACUUUUAGGGACGAUGAAAAACUGAAGCAAGGAACACUUAUUGCCCCAGAGCUCUUGAAAGCAAUAGAAGAAUCAAGAUUUGCUGUUGUUAUUCUAUCAAGAGACUAUGCUUCUUCAAGGUGGUGCUUGAUUGAACUAACAAAAAUUGUUGAGUGCAUAGAAAAGACGGGGUUGGUAGUUCUACCUAUUUUUCACUAUGUGGAUCCUAGUGAUGUGAGGAAUCAUAAAGGGAUUUUUGCAAAAGCCAUUGCUAAACAUGAAGAGAGUUUCAAAGAUAAUAUAGAAAUUGUACAAACGUGGAAAGCUGCUCUAACAAAGAUUGCCAAUCUUGCUGGAUGGGAUUUAAAGAAUAAGCAUGAAUCAAUAGUUAUCCAAGAAAUCAUUGGACGGAUAUUUAGUGAGUUGUAUAGUAAAUUCUCAAGCGUUUCUGAGGAACUUGUUGGAAUGGACUCCUGCGUGGAGGAAAUGUUGGAUUCAUAUUUAGGCAGAGGGUUGGGUAGUGUUUGCUUUGUUGGGAUCUACGGGAUGGGUGGAAUAGGCAAAACAACUCUUGCACAAGAAAUUUAUAAAAGAAUUUCUGGUAACUUUGAAGCUAGUAGCUUUAUUGCUAAUGUUAGAGAAGAAACCAAAAAUCAAGGUCUAGUUUCUUUACAAAAACAACUUCUUUCUAAGAUCCUCAAGAAAAGUGAAAUAAAUAUAUGGAAUGUUUUUGAGGGAAUCAAUAUUAUACGGAAUACACUAUGUAAUAAAAGGGUUUUUAUUGUUCUUGAUGAUGUGGAUAAAGAAGAACAGUUUGGAGCAUUAGCAGGAAAGCAUGAUUGGUUUGGUCCAGGAAGUAGAAUCAUUGUAACAAGUAGAGAUAGUCAUUUAUUGAUAAGAUGUGGUGUGAAUGAUAUAUAUACAGCUAAGGGUUUGAGUAAUGAUGAUGCUUUGCAACUUUUUAGUUGGAGAGCUUUCCAUAAACCUUAUCCUGAAGAAGAUUAUGUGAAUUUGUCUAAUGACUUUGUGAAUUAUGCUAAAGGCCUUCCUUUAGCUCUUAAAGUUUUAGGUUCGUCAUUGUUUGCUAAAAGAACAAAUGAAUGGAAAAGUGCCCUUGAUAAACUAAAAAAAGAACCUAAUAAAAACAUUUUGGAUAUACUUGAAAUAAGUUUUGAUGGGCUAACAAAUUCACAGAAAUGA